UUUUUGUAUCCCUAACACCACUCUCACAAUUAUCCCACGAUUAUUUCAUCUCUCUCUCUCUCUCUCUCUUUUUUUUAAAUCCCCCUUUUGGCAUAUAAUCUAAUAUUAUAUGCAAAAUCCCCAAGUUUAAAUAAGAAAAAAGAAAAGAACAAAAUCCCACUUAAACCCCAUCAUCCCUUCCACUUCUGUUGGUCGACUGCUAAAAGAACAACCCGCACCUCUUUUAAUCAAGUACUAGUGCGAUCCUUCCUUCCUUCCUUCCUUCUUUAGCCUUUACUUUUGGGUUGGGACUUGGGAAGUAAAGAGCUGAAAAAAAAAAAUUCCCAAUUGCAGCAAAACAGAAAAUAGGAAUCAAAAUGCACGCAAAAACAGACUCAGAGGUUACAAGCUUAGCACCAUCUUCGCCAGACCACGCAAGGCGUCCGGUUUACUACGUCCAGAGCCCAUCUCGUGACUCUCACGAUGGCGAGAAGACCACGACGUCGUUUCACUCGACUCCCAUUCUUAGUCCGGCUGGCUCGCCACCUCACUCUCACUCCUCCGUCGGCCGUCACUCUAGGGAGUCGUCUACCAGCCGCUUCUCCGGCUCCCUCAAGCCUGGAUCCAGGAAGAUCAACCCAAACGACGGCGGAUCGGGUGGGAAUAGACACCCUGGCCAUAAGGGCCAAAAACCAUGGAAAGAGUGUGACGUGAUUGAGGAGGAAGGAUUGCUUGAAGACCAAGAGUCACGAAAGCCCCUUCCCAGGCGGUGCUAUUUUCUCGCCUUCGUUGUGGGUUUUUUCCUGCUUUUUUCUCUCUUUUCACUCAUCUUGUGGGGUGCUAGUAGACCUCAGAAGCCCAAGAUCACCAUGAAGAGCCUUACAUUUGAGAGAUUUGCGAUUCAAGCUGGUUCGGAUGAUACGGGAGUAUCUACUGAUAUGAUCUCCAUCAACUCCACCUUGAAAUUCAAUUUCCGCAAUACUGCUACAUUUUUUGGUGUGCAUGCUACCUCAACCCCUGUUGAUUUAUCAUACUUUGAGCUCACCGUUGGAUCCGGAACAAUGAAGAAUUUUUAUCAAUCGAGAAAGAGUCAGAGAACUGUAACUGUAUCAGUGAUCGGGAACAAGAUUCCUUUGUAUGGAAGUGGAGCUAGUUUGAGCACCACCCCAACAGGGACCACCAGCCAGCCAGUGCCACUGAAGUUGAACUUUGUGGUGCGAUCAAGAGCUUACGUUUUGGGCAAAUUGGUGAAGCCAAAGUUCUAUAAGAAAAUCGAAUGCUCGAUCGUCUUUGAUCCCAAGAAACUUAAUGCCCCCAUCCCAUUAAAGAACGAUUGCACAUACAAUUGAUGAUUAUGACUUUAUGAUGUGGAAUGGAUGCUUGGUUCUUUCUUUUCUUUUUCUUUUCGGUUUCUUGUCAUUGAAGAGAAUGGUGAUUGAGGAAUGAGGAAUUGAGAAGACAGGGACAGCUAAGCCUACUGGCAUGGGUUCCUUGGCACCGGUUUUAUGACUUUCUGGGGUUUUUUUGCCAUUGUACCUACCCGUGGAGCGUGAAACUGUGAAUCGUGAAAUACAGGCUGGAUUUUGGCCGUGAACCGCGUGAAAUCA